AUGACACCCACGCCAUGGGCAAAUCAGACGUCCAUCACCACCUUCCUCCUCCUGGGAUUCGGGAACCUGAAUGAAGUCCAGAUGCUGCUUUUCGUGGUGUUUCUAGUGAUCUACACCAUAACCCUGGCUGGGAACCUGCUCAUCGUAGUGCUGGUUGUGGCUGAUCAGCACCUCCACACCCCCAUGUACGUUUUCCUGGGGAACCUGUCCUUCCUGGAGACGUGCUACACCUCCGUCAGUGCCCCUAGAUUGCUGGCCGGGCUCGUGGGAGAGGACAGGACCAUCUCCUUCCAGGACUGCAUCACGCAGCUGUUCUUCCUCAGUGCUUUGGCUUGCAUCGAGUGCUUCCUCCUGGCAGCCAUGGCGUAUGACCGUUACUUAGCCAUCUGCAACCCGCUCAAUUACAAUGUUGUCAUGAACCUCAGGGUCUGCCUGCAGCUGGUGUUGGCCUCCUGCGUGUCCGGUUUUGCAGCCACUGCUUUCGUAGUGGCGAUGGUGCACCAGCUGAGCUUCUGCGGCCCCAAUGAAAUUAACAAUUUCUUCUGUGACAUGGAGGAGUUGCUCAAACUGUCCUGCAGGAAAAGCCCCCUGGUGGAAAUGGUUGUUCUGGUCGCCUGCUCGCUGGUAACCCUGGUCCCCUUCCUCUUCAUCGUCGUGUCUUACGUGCUUAUCCUCUCGGCCAUCCUGCGGAUCUCCUCCUCGGCCGGGCGGCACAAGGCCUUUUCCACCUGCACCUCCCACCUGCUGGUGGUGAGUCUGUAUUACGGGACCAUCAUUAUCAUGUACGUGGUGCCAUCGGCAGAGCGGUCCCCGGCCUUCCAUAAAGCUCUGUCCGCCAUGUACACGGUCGUCACCCCCAUGUUCAACCCCAUCAUCUACAGCCUGAGGAACAAAGAGGUGAAGGGGGCCUUCCGGAAAGUCGUGCUGCAGAAGCUAGGCCCAACGUAG